AUGGCGUCUAAUCAACAAGGUGCAAAAAUCACCGUCUACUGGCUCGACAAGUCGCGCGGCCAGCGCAUCGUCUGGCUACUUGAAGAGCUGAAUCUCGAGUAUGACAUCAAGGUCUACAAGCGCAAUGAAGCCGGACGCGCAGGGCCCGAACUGAAGAAAGUUCACCCUCUGGGCAAGUCGCCGACGAUUGGAAUCACGCCUGCCGGUUCCGACAAAGAGAUCAUCAUUGCUGAGAGUGAGACGAUUGUCGAGUACAUCUCUGAGCACUUUGGAAAGCAAUUGAUUCCGAACCGUUAUCCUGAGGGCAAGGAGGGCGAAGUGGGCGCGGAGACGGAUGAGUGGAUGCGUUACAAGGCAUGUGAGUUCCUCAUGGACUACGCAGAAGGUUCUCUCUUCACCAUCCUGAUCGUUGCAUUGAUUUCUGGCAAAAUCAAAGGUGCCCCUGUUCCAUUCUUCAUCAAGCCAAUCGUCAAAGGAGUCGCCGGCAACAUCGACAGCUCCUUCGUUGACCCUGAGCUGAAGAACCACUUCGACUUCUUGGAGGACUACCUGAGCAAGUCUAGUGGCGAGUUCUUUGCUGGGUCGACACUCUCGGGCGCAGAUAUCAUGAUGCACUUUGGUUUGGAAGGUGCAUGUCAGCGAGUACCACUGAGCGAGACGAGCUACCCGAAGCUGUACGCAUAUAUGCGUAGGCUGCAGCAAAGGGACGCGUAUAAGAGGGCAGCGGACAGGGUGACAGAGGCCAGUGGGGAGAAGUAUGUACCAUACUCGGACCUCAAGAAAUGA